UAUUGUUUGAUAGGUAUCUAUAUUAAACAUGUGUGUAGGUCAUAGCCUACUAAUCUUGAGUCCCCUGCCAAAUGAGAGGCGCGUCGCUUUGCUCCCUCAAAUUGACGGAUUACCGAGAUGCGCGUGCUGAUAAUGAGGAGUUCUGCGCGUACAGCUGCUGCUACUAUUCCGUUAUUAUUCUCCUCCCGGUCUAACGACACCGUUCCUUUAUUCUCCUGUCUGUGUUUGUAGCGCUACAGAAUGCAUCAAUACCCCAGCCAAGACAAGAUUCCUGGCGGGGGUGUUGGGCUAGCGGCCCCCCAGGAUGGCCAAAGUUCUUGUCAGUUCUUCUCAGAUGGCCGGAGGAAGGUGGACUAUGUUCUGGUGUUCUACCAACGCAAACAGAUCUCUGUGAGGGGUGGCGACCGGCUGCACCGUCUCUCCGCCCCUCCUCACCCUCCUCAUCGCCUGUCUGUCAUCUCCAAUGGUAGCUCCCCCCUCUCUGGCCCUGUGGGGGGUUUGGGAUGUGCAGCCGGGCAGCGGAGUGCGGGGGACGGGGAGGUGUGUGUGGACCUGGCGGUGGAGGUGGAAUUAGAGGCGGACCCAGCUGAAGGAGAGAUGGUGCUGAUCAGGGAGGAGUUUGAGGCCAGGCUACUGGAGGCGGGGCUUGAGAUGGAGAGAGACACAGAGGUCAGGGUCUACGGGCCCAGCUUCACGAGACUCCAUGUCCCCUGGCAGGUCCUGAGCAGAGAGGCAGAGUUCCUCAAGAUCAAAGUCCCCACUAAGAAGAGCUAUGAUCUGAAGCAGGAGAAUGGGUUCAGUGCCAGCCUCAGUGAGUUCUGGAGGAAGGUGAACCAGCCGUUCCAACCCAACAUCCCCCAGCGUGGCCACAGCACCACCAAGCAGCUCUCACACUGCUUCUCCAGGGACAAACUACACUUAUUUAACAUCACCUCUAAAGACAAGUUCUUUGACAACGCAACACGCAGUCGAAUAGUGUACGAGAUCCUGAGACGUACCGCCUGCACACGCACCAGCAUAUCCAUGGGCAUCACCACAUUAAUAGCUAAAGGUGUCUAUGAUUCAGCCUUCCCUCUCCAUGAUGGGGAUUAUAAGGUCGUGGGUCACUCUGAGAGGAAUGACAGACAGCUGCUGCAUGAUGAGUGGGCCAGAUAUGGAGCCUUCUACAAAUACCAACCUGUGGACCUCAUCAGGAAGUACUUUGAUGAGAGAAGAUCGGAUGUCUGUACUUCGCCUGGCUGGGACAACUGGACUGUACUCUACACUCAGCUGCUCAUACCAGCCUCUGUGGUUGGGAUUAUCGUCUUCUGCUACGGCUGUUACACUGUGGAUAUGGACCACGAGGAGAUGUGUGAUAAACAGCAGAACUUCACCAUGUGUCCUCUGUGUGACGGAGUGUGUGACUACUGGCACCUGUCCACCGCCUGUGGCACCGCCCGCGCAUCCCACCUGUUCGACAACCCUGCCACCGUCUUCUUCGCUAUCUUCAUGUCCCUCUGGGUUGCGACGUUCCUGGAGCACUGGAAGCGUCGUCAGAUCAGUUUGAACCACAGCUGGGACCUCACAGGACUAGAGGAAGAGGAGGACCACCCGAGGCCCAAGUAUGAAACCGUCCUGCUCCAGAAGAGACAGAUGAUGAGGAACAAGGAGAAGAAGAACGAGAAAAACAAGAAGAAGAAGAAGAUUGAGCCUGUGCAGCGGGAGGAGGACGUGGCGGCAGGGAAAGACAGGUGGAGACAGAAGUUACUGUCUGCUAUGAACACGGGGACAUCGACAGGUGUGGAGAAGCUGACCUGGAGGGACCGUCUGCCUGGAUACCUCAUCAACAUCUCCUCCAUCCUCUUUAUGUUUGGGCUGACGUUCUCUGCGGUUUUCGGUGUGAUCGUGUAUCGUAUUGUCGUUUCCGCUCUAAUGGCGAUGUCACCUGACCCGGAGACCAAGUCUAACGUGCGUGUCACCGUCACGGCAACCGCUGUCAUCAUCAACCUGGUGGUCAUUCUGAUACUGGAUGAGAUCUACGGAGCUGUGGCCGUCUGGCUCACUGAGCUGGAGAUUCCAAGGACAGAGAGUAACUUUGAGCAGCAUCUGAUUCUGAAGGCUUUCCUACUGAAGUUCAUGAAUGCCUACGCCCCCAUCUUCUAUGUAGCUUUCUUUAAAGGACGGUUUGCAGGCAGGCCGGGAGACUACGUCUAUGUUUUUAAUGACUACCGGAUGGAGGAGUGUGCCCCUGGAGGCUGUUUAAUAGAGUUGUGUAUUCAGCUCAGCAUCAUCAUGGUGGGGAAACAACUCAUUCAGAACAAUGUCUUUGAGAUCGGCAUCCCUAAGUUGAAGAAGUUGAUCCGAGCAUGGAAGGGUAAGGGGAUUUCAUUGGAGGAGAAAGAGGAGCAGCGUGCCAGACCUCCUCAACAGUGGAACCUGGACUACACCCUGGUCCCCUUUGAAGGACUGACCCCUGAGUACAUGGAGAUGAUUAUCCAGUUUGGUUUUGUUUCUCUGUUUGUCGCGUCGUUCCCUCUGGCUCCUCUCUUCGCUCUUCUCAACAACGUGAUCGAGAUCCGCCUCGAUGCCAAGAAGUUUGUCACCGAGCUGCGACGACCGGACGCUGUCCAAGCCAAAGACAUCGGAAUCUGGUACAACAUCCUGAGUGGAAUGGGAAAGUUCUCUGUCAUUAUAAAUGUAAGUGUUAACAUUGGAGCGCACACACUCAUUCUGAAAACAUAGUGUAUUUUUGCACCCUGAUGCGAUAAAGAUAAUAUUCACC